AUGCAGAAGACAUAUAUUUUGGCGCUAGUUUCUCUACUGGCGAGCUCGCUCGUCGAUGCUAGGUCAGCAGUUUUUGAUCAGACACCUCUUGACAUUGGAGGCAGUGAUGACAGCUUCGAUAGCACUGCUCGCAUCGAUCCCAAUAGCAACGAUUUGCUGAAAUCAGAGAUGGAUAAAGUCAUCGCCAGCUCUGAAUUGCUUUCCCUGCAUCGCGCUCUCGUUGAGAUCAAAUCUAUCUCCGACAAUGAACAAGCUGUGGGAGGCUUUCUAAUGGACUACCUGUAUUCCAAGAACUUUACUGUUGAGAAACAAUACGUCGACUAUGACGAUCCUACCGGCAAACCAAUUCGCUCCAACCGCCGCUUCAAUAUCUAUGCCUAUCCCGGAAACAGUGCUUCGCCAGGUAUUAUUUUAACAAGCCACAUCGAUACCGUCCCUCCAUUCAUCCCAUACUCUUUGAGUCACCCGGAAUCUGCCUCUUUCAAGAGGGAUGACAUCCUCAUUUCCGGUCGUGGAACCGUUGACGACAAAGCCUCUGUAGCUUGCCAGGUCAUCGCCGCCAUGGACCAUCUUGAGAAACACCCAGACAUUCCAAUUGGCCUCUUAUUCGUUGUCAGUGAAGAGAUAGGCGGCAGGGGCAUGUCUACAUUCUCCAACUCCCGUCUUAACUCGGGUACCUAUCACACCAUCAUAUUUGGUGAACCUACCGAACGUGCUCUCGUAGCUGGCCACAAGGGCAUGGUUUCAUUUACCAUCCGUGUUCACGGGAAGCCUGCUCACUCUGGAUACCCCUGGCUAGGGCGCAGCGCCGUAUCUGAGAUGUUGCCUAUUCUGACUGAGGUUGAUCGACUUGGCGACAUUCCUGUAUCACAGGGCGGGUUGCCUUCUAGCGACAAAUAUGGGCGUACCACGUUGAACAUCGGCUUCAUGUCUGGCGGCGUUGCAGCGAAUGUUGUUGCAGAGGAGGCUGUUGCGAAUGUUGCUGUACGUCUCGCAGCUGGUGACCCUGAAGAUGCAAAAGAUAUUAUCUUCCGUGCUAUUCGCAAUGCAGCUACCAAACAUAGAAAGGGUGCUACUGUAGUUAUCUCUAACGGUCAUGGGCUCCCGAAGGGAGACAUCGAGGUUAUCUUUGGUUUGGAGGCCUACGGCGUUGUCGAUAUAGACGCGGAUGUUGAUGGGUUCAACGUCACCACUGUCAACUAUGGAACCGAUGUCCCACAUUGGAAAAUCUAUGGUGACAACGUCAAGCGAUAUCUUUAUGGUCCCGGUACAAUCUUCGUUGCCCAUGGCAAGAAUGAAGCUUUGACUGUUGGAGAACUAGAGGCUGGCCUGGAAGGAUAUAAAACCCUGGUUGCCAAAGCUGCUGAAAGAGAGCGUUCUUAA